CUUCCUGUCCUGUCACCGUCUCCUCAGCUGUCUUUCGACCACAAUAGUUUACAUUUCUACAUAAAACAAACAGCCCGCGAGGGAAUAUUUGACUUAUUAUGUCUUUCAACAGUCUCUCCGACCCGAGGAGAGUAAAUAAGAUCAUACGGUACAAGGCCCCGAGCAGCGACAGCAACCCCACGCUGGAGGACCCCACGCCCGACUACAUGAACCUGCUGGGCAUGGUCUUCAGCAUGUGUGGACUGAUGCUCAAGCUGAAGUGGUGCGCCUGGAUCGCCGUCUACUGCUCCUUCAUCAGCUUCGCCAACUCCAGAAGCUCCGAGGACACGAAACAGAUGAUGAGCAGCUUCAUGCUGUCCAUCUCGGCGGUGGUGAUGUCAUACCUGCAGAACCCUCAGCCGAUGUCGCCGCCGUGGUAACGCGAGGGGAGAAAGGGAAAAUCGUGGACGCCGAGCUGAUUGGCCACGCCCCCUUCCUCCCGACCAAUCAAGGAGUAACAAACGGAGACGGAUGUAAUUGUAGAGCGAUGGAAAGGAGACGGGUAAAGAGGACACUACUUCAAGACGGGGACGCCGGGCUUUGACUGACGUCUCGUGUUUUAUUUUCUCUUUUCAACCUUUUUCUACGUUUUUUUUUUUUUAGAUUUCUGUUGCAUGACGUCAUGAAUAAAGUUGUAAGAUUUAAAAAUGA